UUCUGGUGAGUUUAUUUUGUGGUUUUUAUGCGUAAAUAAAUAUAUUUUAAUAAAAAUCUAAUUAACUAAAUAGCGGUACGAGUCAUAAUCACGUAUAUAUGGUGGCUCGGAUAAGUAAACUUAAAAGAAGUUAGCAGCUGACUGUGAUAUCAAACAGACCAAAGACAUGAUUCGUGAAGUGAUAUGUGCGGCGUUAUUGGCGCUUUGCAGUGGUCAAGGCAGUCAAAUUCAAACAUUUGGUAGUAGGGGAUCAGGGUUCUCAGGCGGGUCAGCGUCUCAUUUUGGAGCGGGGCCUCCUUACUCGGGGUCAUCCGGUUCAGGAUUCGGUGCCGAGUCCGUGGGUGGGUUUGGAGGCGCAGCGUCUGGAUUCGGAGGUGAUAAUAGUAUGACAUUUCACAACGGAGGAGGAGGCUUCGACACUAGCGGCUUCGGUGCAGCUGAUGCCUCAGCUACAUCAGGUGGAUUUGGUGCAACAUCUGGUUUUGGGUCGACGAGUGGAUUUGAUCAGCCAUCAGGCAGCGGUAGUUUUGAUACAUCGUCUAGUUUUGGGUCGACGAGUGGAUUUGAUCAGCCAUCAGGCAGCGGUAGUUUUGAUACAUCGUCUAGUUUUGGGUCGACGAGUGGAUUUGAUCAGCCAACAGGCAGCGGUAGUUUUGAUACAUCGUCUAGUUUUGGGUCGACGAGUGGAUUUGAUCAGCCAACAGGCAGCGGUAGUUUUGAUGCAACAUCUGUUUUCGGGACGUCGAGUGGAUUUGAUCAGCUAACUGGUAGCGGUGGUUUUGAUGCAUCGUCUAGCUUUGGAUCGACCAGUGGUUUUGAUUCAUCGAGAGGCGGAUCAGCCACUGGACACGGCCAGCCUACUGGGUCCUCCGGCUUGGACCGCGGAAGUAAUCCGAACGAUGAGUGGAUCGGUGCAAUGGGAGGACAAAACGCUUUCCCCAUCCACGGAGGAUUCUGUGGGGGAGAAGAAUGCUCUGACGGAGGUUUGUCUGCUGGCGUUGACGACGGCAUGGGUAUGGGAACUAGGCAGGCCUUUGAAGAACGGAGGCGAACUGGUAGAAAUGAGGACAUUAGAAUGUAUGAGAUGUUCACAGGCGGUCCGGCGACUACCGGUGUUAUGGGAGCGGGAACGGGCGGAGGUACGGGAGCGGGAAUGGGCGGUGGAAUGGGGGCGGGAAUGGGAGGCGGUAUUGGAUCGGGAAUGGGAUUCGGUAUGGGAGCGGGAAUGGGCGGCGGUAUGAGAGCGGGAAUGGGCGGCGGUAUGGCAGCUGGUAUGGGGGUGGGAAUGGGCGGCGGUAUGGGAGCGGGAAUGGGUGGAGGUAUGGGAGCGGGAAUGGGCGGAGGUAUGGGAGCGGGAAUGGGCGGCGGUAUGGGAGCUGGUAUGGGGGCGGGAAUGGGCGGCGGUAUGGGAGCGGGAAUGGGCCGAGGUAUGGGAGCGGGAACUAGAGGUGGUUUUGGAGCUGGAAUGGGCGGCGGUAUGGGUGCGGGCAGGGGCGGUUUCAUGGGAGCGGGAAUGGGUGGUAGUGUUGGGGCCAGUAUGUCAACGGCACAUACGGCCACGGGUGGAUUAGGGAUGCACAUGGGCGGUGUGGGAUCCGGUAUGUACACGGGCGGUAGUGGAGCCGGUAUGACCGCGAUUGGAAGAUCCGCGGGUGGUUUAAGCGGUAUGACUGGGAUGACUAGUUCGAUGGGCACAGCUGGAAGGACCGGCAUACAUAGUGGACAUACAGCAGGUACACAUGGGACACACAGCACACACAGAACACACGGCCGUACCUCCGGAUCGACCUCAUCAAUUGGAAGGCAAUAUCUUGGACACUCACAUGGACUGAUGACAGUGAGACCGUAUUUUGGCACCCAUAGUUUGUACCGCGGAGCAAUGCUUGGCGGAUAUCGCUCCCCAGUGCUUAGCGGAUAUCGCUCCCCAUUUUCUUUUAGACCUUUGUACAGUCUUGGUCACACUCGUUAUUAACCAUAUUGAAUGGACUAGAAACUCAUGAUGGAGAUAUGCUCUUGAUGAAUUUAAGACAUUUUCAAUAGCAUACAGGUCUGUUAUUUUGUUGUACAUGUUGAACUGACUCAUUACGGAGUUAUGUUUUAUAAAAAUAUAUGUUAAUGUAAAUCCGUGUUUACAAAUAGUAUACAUCAGAUCAUUUUUGUGUUAUAUUUAUUUAUUUAUUUAUAAUACAUGCUUGUCUAGAUAAAAUUUGAAGAAAAAUA